GCGCAGAGGCCUCAGGUAUUUGGACAAGAUGGCGGCGGCAGCGGUCGACAGCCCGAUGGAGGUGGUGCAGGCGCCGGCGGACGAGGCCAUGCCCGAGGCGGCGGGCCUCAGCUGCCUGGUCCACUUGCCCGGCGAAGUGCUGGAGUACAUCCUGUGCAGCGGCUCGCUCACGGCCACGGACAUCAGCCGCGUGUCCAGCACCUGCCGGCGGCUGCGCGAGCUGUGCCAGAGCAGCGGGAAGGUGUGGAAGGAGCAGUUCCGGGUGAGGUGGCCUUCCCUUAUGAAACACUACAGCCCCACCGACUACGUCAAUUGGUUGGAGGAGUAUAAAGUUCGGCAAAAAGCUGGGUUAGAAGCCCGGAAGAUUGUAGCCUCCUUCUCAAAGAGGUUCUUUUCAGAGCAUGUCCCCUGUAACGGUUUUAGUGAUAUUGAGAAUCUUGAGGGGCCAGAGAUAUUUUUUGAGGAUGAACUGGUGUGUAUCCUGAAUAUGGAAGGAAGGAAAGCUUUGACCUGGAAGUACUAUGCAAAAAAAAUCCUUUACUACCUACGACAACAGAAAAUUUUAAACAAUCUUAAGGCUUUUCUUCAGCAUUCAGAUGACUAUGAAUCGUAUCUUGAAGGUGCCGUGUUUAUCGACCAGUACUGCAAUCCUCUGUCGGAAAUCACCCUCAAAGACAUCCAGGCCCAGAUCGGCAGCAUCGUGGAGCUCGUGCGCAAGACCCUCCGGGGCAUCAACAGCCGCCACCCCAGCUUGGCCUUCAAGGCAGGUGAGUCCUCCAUGGUAAUGGAAAUAGAACUCCAGAGCCAGGUGCUGGAUGCCAUGAACUACGUCCUGUAUGACCAGCUGAAGUUCAAGGGGAACCGAAUGGACUACUAUAAUGCCCUAAACCUGUAUAUGCACCAGGUUCUGAUCCGCAGAACGGGGAUCCCAAUCAGCAUGUCCCUGCUCUACAUGACCAUUGCCCGGCAGCUGGGGGUCCCACUGGAGCCUGUCAACUUCCCAAGUCACUUCUUACUGAGGUGGUGCCAAGGCGCAGAAGGGGCCAACCUGGACAUCUUCGACUACAUCUACAUUGAUGCUUUUGGGAAAGGCAGGCAGCUGACGGUGAAAGAGUGUGAAUACUUGAUCGGCCAGCAUGUGACUGCCGCACUGUAUGGGGUGGUCAACGUGAAGAAGGUGCUACAGCGCAUGGUGGGAAACCUUUUAAGCCUGGGAAAGCGGGAAGGCAUCGACCAGUCGUACCAGCUCCUGCGGGACUCGCUGGACCUGUAUCUGGCAAUGUACCCGGACCAGGUGCAGCUCCUCCUCCUUCAAGCCAGGCUCUACUUCCACCUGGGGAUCUGGCCGGAGAAGUCUUUCUGUCUUGUCUUGAAGGUGCUUGACAUCCUCCAGCACAUCCAGACCCUGGACCCCGGGCAGCACGGGGCCGUGGGUUACCUGGUGCAGCACACGCUGGAGCAUAUUGAGCGCAAGAAGGAAGACGUGGGUGUGGAGGUGAAGCUCCGCUCCCACGAGAAGCACCGGGAUGUCUGCUACUCCAUUGGGCUCAUCAUGAAGCACAAGAGGUAUGGCUACAACUGCGUCAUCUAUGGUUGGGACCCUACCUGCAUGAUGGGACACGAGUGGAUUCGCAACAUGAAUGUCCACAGCCUGCCUCACGGCCAUCACCAGCCUUUUUACAAUGUUCUGGUGGAGGAUGGUUCUUGCAGAUAUGCAGCCCAAGAAAACUUGGAAUAUAAUGUGGAGCCUCAAGAAAUCUCGCACCCCGAUGUCGGACGCUAUUUCUCGGAGUUCACAGGCACCCACUACAUCCCGAACGCAGAGCUGGAGCUCCGCUACCCAGAGGACCUGGAGUCUGUCUACGAAACGGUGCAGAAUAUCUACAGUGCGAAGAAAGAGAUCGCAGAGUAAGGCCCAGCGGAGGACACUGCGCCUUUGCUGCCACUGCUGUCUCCUGAGAGAACCGGACUCCAAUGUCCCCACGGACCCCUCUGGAUUCGCACCACCGGGAAGGCCACUUAGCAGGAGUGCGGUCGCCUCCCUCUGAGUUUGCAUAGCCUGUGCUCUCCUCAGCUGCAGAGACAGUGUCGCUCUCCGCCCACACUAGUGAGUCAUUGGAAAGGCACUGUGUCAGUGGCAUGGCUUGUAUGCUUGUCCUGUGGUGACAGUCUGUGACAUUCUGUCUUCAUGAGGUCUCACAGCCAACGCUCUUCUAAUCAUUUCUUAAGUUCUCUCUGCAGUAUGUCUGUCUCGCACUUCUGUCUCAGAGCAUUUCAUUUGCUGGGCAGAUGGGGUUAUAAGUUUGCAACAGUUUCUUUCUGAUUUCUCUGUGGAGCUGGUGCAGCCCUGAGUCAGGGUUGUGGGUCUUUUCACUCUGAAUUUAGUUGCUUGUUCAGAGGUGAAGCUCAGUGAUCCUGGCAGCAUCUUGGAGAUGAGCAAACUAGUGCUAAUCAGAAUCGUUUGCAUUUAUUUUUUCUAAUGCGUGAAACAGAUUCCAGGCACUUACCUUUUUCUGUAUUUGAAUUAGAAGAAUAACACAGUUUCCCUCUUGGAUUUAUGCUCCUAUUGCUAUGAAUCAUUAGUUUUCCACUUUAUUACAUGGAAUUCUUUGAGAAAAUGCAUAAUAAUGGCCUUGGUGAUGGCUUUUUCCAUGUUCAUCUACUAUUCCUCCCUUUAAAAUAACUUUAAAAAAAAAAUUUUAAGACUCUCCAGUGCGUGAGUAGAUCUUAAAUCAGUGAUGGGUUCUCUUUCUAGUAGGAAGUACAAUCUGAUGUUAAAAUGUUUGCUUUUAGAAAUUACACUUCGAGGUCUCCAGAGACCUAAAAAUGAGACUUCACUUUUAUAACCAGAAGAAAUAAUGAACCUUAAGAAAGAAAAAAGAGGUCGCAUGCUGCCUUCAUUUUUGAGAAUCACUCAGGACCUCUUUGAAUGGGGCCAGGUAGAAGUAAAUCACAUGUCUUUCAUUUUAAGAUUGUUUGAUCGGUGGGAAAGGAAAUGAGUGCUGCUCUCCCAAGUCACCGUGGCCGUGAAAGCCUCAGGGUGAAGCCUGUGCCUGAGUCCCGUGGGGGAGUCCGGCUUCUCACUAAGGUCACACCAGCUCCUCUCCCACGUUCUUAGUAGCCCCGUUGAAGGUUCCAAGUCUGGGCGUCGCUGGAACUCCCACUGCAUGGCCUGCCAGGUCCCCAGCAGGCUAAUCUUGUAGUUCACCAACCAAGGCUGAUGUCUGCAGUUAGGGCCUCGUCACUUCACUCUCUUGAAAAGAACCCAGUUGAUCUAAUGAAUGAGGCUUUAGGUGGUAGGGAGCAGUCACUCGCUGCCUGUGUUCAUUUGCAUGCAAUGUUUUCUCACCAUGUUUGAUGACUGCCUCCUGUUGAUCCCUUGGAAACCCUGGGAUGACAGGUCUGGGAACGCCACCCGAGACACUUAAUAUCAAGUGCUGGCUGAGUUAAGCAGUUUUUAGAAAGAUGGAGAUUUGGCCAGCCGGCUCCUUCCAGCCUGAAUUCGCUGUCGUCCAGUGUCCACGUUCCUCGUCACAUCCAAAGUCAGAGGAUUUGGACUCGCAUUUGAACUUGUGACCACUCAUAGCACCCAGCCUGCCUGAGGCCGGGGGGUUUACACUACUCUCAUUUAAAGGUGGAAAUUAGAAAGUGUGGAGUAAAUAUUACCGAGACACAUACUAAGAAACCGUGGAGCGUGCUGAGAAUUAUGAUUGUUGGUUUUCCAGUUCGAUUUCCUUUUCUCGUAGAGUAACAUUGUCGCCAGAAAGGCGGUUUUCCCUUUACUGACCCAAUGUAAAUAUGUAUCUAGACUGUUCUCACUGUCUCCUCACGACUGCUUCACUUCGCUCCAGGAGGCCUGUCGCCUGUGUAAGUCGGUAUUCGGGCACUUUAUAUUUUUCUAAAAACGUGUUUUUGGAUCCUGUACUCUAAUAAAUCAUAAGUUUCUUUUUAAAAUUUUUUCCAAAGUUUUCUCCACUUUAAAAAGCCCUGUUAUAAAAGUAGAACUUUCACAAUGUUAAAAUAUUAAAUAUUUGGAUAUUUAGUAACUUCUUUUCUCUUUCUUCCAAUGAACGCCAAGAUGUUGGGGUUUUUUUUGUACAAUGAUUAAUAAAUGGAACUUUCCAGAGAAACCACACGAAUGGCCUGCCCGAUUCCGUCCCAGGACAGAGCCCUGCCACGACUCGUAGCAGAACGUCUCCCGUCUCUUCUGAUCAAAAUAGGCAAAAAUGUGCUCUGCUGAAAUUUUUCUUAACAUUGGUGAGUGAACAGGGUAUCUUUAGACUAUGAUUUUCCUGCCAAACGUGAAUUUUAUAAGCUCGCUAGUCAUCUUGCGAGUGUCUGGCUAUAAUGCAAAGACUGCUGCUUUGCAGUUAUGUUAAAAGUGUGUGUUUGUAAAACGAGAACUUCGGAAGCUUUGUGGGAAACCCAGGUUCUCAGUGUGUUGCUCAUGUCGACUGAAAGCCGCACGACAUACUGCCAGUCCAGGAUGCCCUGCGAAGUCCCAAUGCUUCGUGAUGUCACUACGUGCUGUGCGGAAGGAAAAGGCCGUGGGCUAAACAGUCACCACUUCCCUGCACUGUGGUGUUUCUCAAAGCCUGUAAUACGCUGUUGUAGACCCUGGAGCUUCCCUCCCCCACAGGCGCCGUACACACGGCGUCCCUGUGGUCCAGCGCGUGCAGACCUCCUCUGGGAAACACUCUCAGUGAGACACCAGUCACAUCCAACACUAGUCUACCUUGUCGCCAGACCAGUUCCACCAAGCAUCUCGUUUGAAAGCAUCCACCCAGUCAGGCCUUGAAAAGCCGGCAUUACGUUGUCUCUGCCUGAACCCUGUUGUAGAUCUCCAUUGCGAGUGCAUUCGCACAGCAAAAUUGUUGUCGCUAAGCCAGUUUGCUAUUUUACCACAUCUACUUAAUGUCUAGUUUUAAAAUGUCAAAUGUCGCGGUCUUCCCCGAUGUAUUAGACUGAGUCGCGCUUCCAUGUUCCAGGCUUUCUUCUGCCACCAUUGGGUCCCUUUGCUCUCAAGGGGAGACACUUCUUUCUCUUAGUUGUGAAAUUGAACUACCAGCAACUUUUUAAUUUGAAAGUAUCUGUGUCCAUAAUAAUCAGAUGUUUGUCUUUUGUUCCCGGGAGGGAAGGGGAGACUGUUCACCUAGAGGAAACACAUUCAGCCACGUGGCAGUUUAUUUUUGAGGACGUUAAUAGCUGUAUUGCAUGUGUUACCUUGUAUUGCUUGCUUCCCUUGCGCCAGGCACAGGCCUGAACUGUUGAUGGCCCUCGAAGCAACCCUAUGAGACAGGGCCAGCUAGUGAAUAUUUGUCUGGGCUGCAUAUGGUCUCAGUCACGUAUUCUUUGUUUUUAGAAAAUGUGCAUAACAUCCUGAGCUCGAGGGCUGUACAGAAACAGGCCACAGGCCGGAAGUGGCCUGCGGGCCAUCAAUUACCGACCCCGGCCGAGGGGUGGGCCUGCCUGGCAUUCCGCUGUACAGAUGGGGGAUCGCGCACCCUGCUUGUUUGUAGGUGGGAAACCUGGCAUUUGACAGCCACACUACCGACUACCUCGCAAUGUUUUUAACCUUUGCCUUGCAGCAACUUUAACUUCUAGUCUUUCACUUCUGGAAAUUUAGAAUCAAGAGAAAAAGGACAUUCCUUCGGUGAUUAAAAUCAUGUGCAAUUAUAGCAUAAAUGUAUUAUGGCCAUUUAGCAAUGAUUGUAUUAGGGUAAUGCUAGUUCUGUAAUAAAUAGACCCAAAAAUA